CAGUAGGCCCAUUACCCACCCGCGAGCGCGCGUGUGUGCGUGUAUGUGUGUGCAAGCGCCACAGACAGACAACUAUUUCGAGUGGGACUCGGGAUGCCUGCGUACGCCACCAACAUGAGACUCAAGUUCUCCAUCGUGGCCUUGGGUUUGGAAGUUAUCACCAUCAUCCUGUUUGCAGUCUUUGUGGUUUACGAUGACGGCAAAGCUCACGGCCACGAUGCGCACGGCGGCAACGACACGGGCAACCACCGGCCGGAAAUGGAGCUCUAUCCCAUGUUCCAGGAUGUCCACGUUAUGAUCUUCAUCGGCUUUGGCUUCUUGAUGACCUUCCUAAAGCGAUAUGGCUUCAGCAGCGUGGGCAUCAACCUGCUACUGGCCGCCUUCGGCCUGCAGUGGGGCCUCCUCAUGCAGGGCGUAUGGCACCUGGAUGACGGCAAGAUUAAGAUCAACAUCUUUAAAAUCAUCAAUGCGGACUUCAGCACAGCCACAGUCCUGAUCUCCUUCGGAGCAGUUCUUGGUAAAACCAGUCCCGUACAGUUGCUCAUCAUGACCAUCCUGGAGAUCAGCAUCUUCUCCAUCAACGAGCAUCUGGUGGCAGAAGUCAUGCGGGCUAAUGACGUGGGGGCCUCCAUGAUCAUCCAUGCCUACGGAGCCUAUUUCGGUUUGGCCGUGGCUCGAGUUCUCUACCGACCUGGUCUGAGGAACGGGCACGAGAAUGACGGCUCUGUUUACCAUUCUGAUAUGUUUGCUAUGAUUGGGACCGUGUUCCUCUGGAUGUUCUGGCCUAGUUUCAACUCAGCCAUUGCCGAGCCGGGCUUGACCCAGCUCACUGCGGUGAUCAACACUUACCUCUCCCUGGCCGCCUGCGUACUCUCCGCCUACGCCAUCUCCAGCCUGGUGGAGCACAAAGGAAAACUGGAUAUGGUGCACAUUCAGAACGCCACACUGGCCGGUGGCGUCGCCGUGGGAACGUGUGCCGACAUGAGCAUUGGGCCCUUUGGGGCGAUGCUGAUCGGAUUAGUGGCUGGCAUCAUUUCCACACUGGGCUUCAAGUACCUGACUCCUGUUCUGGCAUCUAAUCUGGGCAUCCAGGAUACCUGCGGUGUGCACAAUCUGCACGGUAUGCCGGGCAUCCUCGGAGGCUUGGCUGGCAUCGUGGCUGUGGCUUUGGGGAAAAAGGAUGGAGGGAAAGCCACCAUGCAAGCCGCCGCCUUGGCUUCGUCCCUCGGUUUCGCUUUGGUCGGAGGGGCUAUCACAGGUUUAAUAAUGAAGCUGCCUAUUUGGGGACAACCUCCUGACCAGAACUGCUUCGAUGACUCUCUUUACUGGGAGGUCCCUGCGGAGGAAGAGGAGAAUGAGGAGAGCUUGGCUCACGCAGAUCACUCGAAGAACAAAGCAGAUGUUUAAAAAUUGCAAUGAAGAAAAAAAAAAACAUAGCAGGGAUUAUUAUUGCUCCACAAUGCUCUUAAUUGCAGUUCAGUGUGAGUUGAGACAUUAAAAUGUAAUCGUUUUCGAAUACUAGGUGUAGACAUAAUUAGUCAGUUAAUUGAUCGUCAAGAAUUUAGCUGAUUGUAUGAAAUUGAAAUAGGAGGCAAAUUUGUGCGCUCUACAUGGUUGCAGCCAGUAUAUAUGCUGUUGAUUCAAUUUCAAUUACAGUAUAUUGUUAUCUAUAGAAGCACAGCGAGCAGCGAUGGGAAAUGAAGCCACAUCCAUGGAGACAAUUGUUAAUUCAUAUAAAGAUGUUAUGUUGAAUUCAUUUUUUUAUCUUACAUCACACGUAGUAAAAUGCCUUUCCCUUAAAAAAAAAUACAUUGUAUCAAAUUAACCUUCAGGGAUGUGUUUUCAUUUUUUUUUUUUAACACUGAAAUCAACAGUUGACAAGUGAAUUAUCACACAAUGUUGGAACACAGCAACACCUGUAAACCAUUUCUUUAUUUACUUAAAUAAACAUAGAAGCAUGUUUUUUUUGUUUUUGUUUUUGUUUUUACAUAUUAGUACAGGGUGUAUUUUUUGCUUUCAAGCACUGUUAUCCUUCCACAUGAGUUACACUUUGGGGAAAGACAGGGAUGGAACACAGCUUCUUGUGACCUUAUCUUUCGAAGAACAAUGUUCCUGUGAUGAACCAACGUGUGUGUACGUGUGUGUCUGUCUGUCUGUCUACACUGAGGCUCAUUUUGUUAAAAAAAAUGUGAUUAUAUCAAAUGUAUUCUUCUCUGUACAUACAAGUUCACACUUUUAUGGAUGGACAUGGUCAGUUUGGUUGUAGCCCUGCAGUGUAAAAAAAAGAACCGGUCCAGGAAUUAGAUUUUUCCAGAUGUCUUUAGAUAACGAGAGGAAUGUGUUUUCAUGUUUUCGUACAUAAUACAUCCUGCCACCAUGAUGUGACACAAAUGCAUCUUUGUGUGUGUGUGUGUGUUACGUUUCAUGACCAAAAAAAAAGUGCUGCGGGUGAGAUCAAACUGACUACAUUUCAUAGUUAGUCAUCAACUUUCAUUUUGACAAUUUAUGUUCGAUGCCUAAAACAAUGAAAAGCAUCAAAGAUUUGUAUUUUUACACAGUGCUACAUGCAUUUGUAUAAUGUACUAACACUGCAAUAAUAAAUGUUUUGUACAUUAA